AUGUUACCGCAACGGCCCCCAAGCUUUGCCAUGCAGCAAUUGGGGGGACCCCAGGUGAUGAACUACUGGCCGGCACCACCAAUGCCACCUCCUAUGGUGCUGGGCCGUGGUGGGGGCCACAUGCUACCGCCAAAUCCACCAGGUCUGGUAACAUGCACGAGCAUGUCCAACAUGGCCCCGGAGCUCCUGCAGGAGAAGGUAGCUCCCAUUCCCACGAAGAUGGCAACUGAUGCAUCGCUGUGGACAGGCAUCAGUGCCGGCAGCCAUGGACAUCCGGAGAUGUGUCAUCGGCCGUGCGUCUACAUGUUCAAGUCCGGCUUUUGCCAUUUGGGUUCAUUUUGUGACCACUGCCACUUGCACCACGAGGGGCCUUCCCUGCUAAAGCUCGACAAGAAGCAGCGUAGCAAGUUGAAAGAACUGUCCCGAGAGGAUGUCAUGGCCUUGCUCUUGCCUCACAUACGUCAUCGAGUGGCUCUACACAGCCUGGGCCCUCAAACUCUCGAGCUCGUGCAAUUUCUGGAGGCCGAGCUUCCCCUCCCGGAUCCAGUGAUCUCCGCAGACCUGCUUCCACGAGAAAUGGAUCGUCUCAAUCGCGUGUUGUCACGACUUCCCUUCUCGGCCUUAGUGGCUUGGCUGCAGUGGCACCGCAGGAAGCAGUCCAG